GAACGAAGCGUGAUACAACAGAGCUAGCUAAAUGAAAAGAUAAACGUUUAGGAACUUCUCCUUUCCCCACCCUCCCAGUUUUUCUCUAAAAAAAAUAUUUAAUUUAGUGAGUGCCUUAAAGUGUGAAGGAUUUGACGGAGUUACAGUUAACGCCCACGUUGUUCUUUAGGGUCUCAGAGACCGUUUGGAUUUCGUGGUUUUCUUCCUGGCCCAGGUAUCAUGGAGGGCCCGUCCUGUCGGUUUUCUGCUGCGGCUGGAGAACCCCGGCCAUCGGGCAGGAGGGUCUCUGGGUCGGAGCCCUCGUGGGACACGAAGACUCACUUUCGUGUGUGUCGCUUCAUAAUGGAAACAGGAGUGAAGCUCUGUAUGCGCUCUGUACCCGUGGCAACGGCCUGUGUGUUGUACCAUCGUUUCUUCCAGCGGGUCACAUCCCGUGUUUAUGAACCCUACCUGGUGGCCAUGAGCUGCUUGUACUUGGCUGGAAAAGUGGAGGAGCAACACAUCCGGACCAGGGACAUCAUCAACGUGAGCCACAGGUACUUUAACAAAGGCAGUGCUCCUCUCGAAUGUGAUAAGGAGUUCUGGGACCUAAGGGACAGCGUGGUGCAGUGUGAGCUCCUCAUCCUACGACAGCUCAACUUCCAUGUCUCCUUUGAACAUCCUCACAAGUAUUUGCUCCACUACCUGCUUUCUGUAAAAUCACUGGUGAACCGGCACGCUUGGUCUCGAACCCCCGUGGCUGAGACGUCCUGGGCUUUGCUAAGAGACUGUUACCAUGGAGACAUGUGCAUCCGCCACACACCGCAACACAUCGCAGUAGCUGCACUCUACCUGGCGAUGAACAGCUAUGGAGUGGAGCUGCCCGUUGGAGAGAAGGAGUGGUGGCAGGUGCUGUGCGAGGACGUGACCAAAGCAGACAUCAGCGCUGUGAUCUCAGACCUUCUCCAGCUGUAUGACAUGGAGGCCAAGUGUAUCUGAAGGACAAAGCAAUGGACUGGAGAGCCACGUGGAAGCUCUGUUGGUGUCGGUGCGGGAAGAAGGAGAACAUCCUCUGAUCUGUGCAGUGGGCGGCUGGGGUUCAGGUGCGUUUGAAUAUGCGUGCAUCUGAGGCAGAGAAGACUUUGUUUUUGCCCCAGUUACCCUGUGGAGCUGAGAAAAUCGUACCCGCAGUACCGCUGUCUGCCACCGAGGGGAGACAUGUCUCACUUUUGGAUGUCUCAACACCACAUGUUUGUACUUCAGAUACCACAGUGGGAAUUUGAGAAGUCCUAGACCUCUCUGUGUAAUUAUUGGUACAUUGGUUUGUAAUAACAGAGAAUGAAUAAAAAUGUUAUGAAAUUGUGAACGAA